AUGGACGAUAAGCCGAUUUCAGGCGAGGAGCACUACAGCCUGCGCUGGAACAACCACCAGGCGCACCUGCUCCGCUCCUUCGAGGCGCUGCUUCAGGCAGAGACUCUCGUCGAUGUCACGCUCGUUUGUGCCGAGCGCCGAGUUCGCGCCCACAAGGUGCUGCUCGGAGCCUGCAGCCCGCUAUUUAGACAAAUAUUCAGCGACAAUCCGUGCAAACACCCGGUGAUCGUACUCAAAGACUUUCAGGGAUGGGAGGUGCAAGCCGUCGUGGACUUUAUGUAUCGCGGGGAGGUGUCUGUGGCCCAGGAACAGCUGGGCUCGGUGAUCCGAGCGGGAGAGUCCCUGCAAGUCCGCGGAUUGGCUGACCAGGAGGUGACAGAUUGCGGCGAGUCGGAGCGCUCCCCUGCCGGCAGCCCGCCGGCUGGCGGCGCGACGGCGUCCCCGCCGGUGAGCCCGCACAGCCCACAGCCGCGAAGGAAGCAGGCGCGGCCCCGGCGCUGCUCGGGGGAGUCGGAUACACCAGAAAACUUGUCAAUGCGACGAUCGCCCACCGGGCUGAAAGCAGUGCGAAUGGCUCGCGGCCGCUCGCCUCAGAAACAGGAGUCCGAGGAGCCGGAGGCGGAGGCGCCGCCGCCUCAACGUAUGUUCCAGCCUCACCAGGAGAUGUUCCCGCCAGUACCACCGCAAGCUGUCUCUGCAUUGUCACUAACGCCGCCUCAUCACAUAUUUGUGGUGCUACUGUUUGGUAUGGAAUCGCCGCUCGGACUGUUUCCGCCUGCCAUUGACCACAAGCUCUACCCGCUCAUGGACGUCGAACACCGCGGACCAUCUCUAGACGCACAACUUUUCACAAACGCUAAGAAGAAAUGGCGACCGAAGGGGCAACAUAGCGCACCGCGCGGCGGCCCACCUCGAUCAUGGACAAACGCAGAACUAACGGAAGCCCUACAACACGUCUGGAACAAAAAAAUGACAACAAGCCAAGCUUCAAGAAUAUUCGGUAUCCCGUACAAUUCAUUACUUAUGUAUGUGAGGGGAAAAUAUGGCAAGAGUUUAAAGUUGGAACAGUUAAGAAAAGAUUGCAUCGGAGGGCCGCUGGAAGUGCUAAACUUAAAUUCUGGCAAUAAUAACAACAAUCACUCAUCAAGCAAACAACACGAGAAAGACGAUCAACACCAAAACGCGAGCCAGAGACCGUCGAGUUCAGAACCUGAUAUAACGUCAAAUCAAAUGUACGCCCCAUUUCCGCCAGGAGGGUACUUUCCAGAAUUUCCUCCCGGGUUUCCGAUGCAUCUGAGUAUGUUGCACCUUUUACCACCAAAUGAUAAAACGAGAGAGAUGUACCAGUCUGGACCGAUGGCUUUAGAUGCUCUCUCUGGAAUGACGAAAGAAGAGGACUGUAAAAGCGAUCGGUCAAAGGAAAAUUCGGCGGACGAGGAGGGCGACACGUAUCGCGCGCCCACGCGGCCGCCGCUGCCGCCCGACAGCCGUACGCUGCUGCACCACAACGGACAAGAUUAAUAAAGCAGCUUCUUCCAAUAAAUUAGUUAAAAUUGUUUAAGAAAUCCCCUUAAAUAUAAUUCGUCUUUCUGUA